AUGGGUAUCGAGUAUCAAGGCUGUAACAUUUCUACCUCCUUUGCAUCGUGCAGUAUCCCGCCAUACUUCAAUGCGACACUGCCCCAAAAGCUGGAAGCAAUUCGCAGCGCUGGAUGCGACGGGAUAGAGAUAUCUAUGCCGGAUAUACUGACGUACGGUGGCGACAGCGAAGGAAGGACCAUUGACGAGAACGACCAUGGACCAGUAGGCUCAACCGACGCAGAAGAUGCGUCGCCAUGUCUGGACCAGCACGCCGAGGACUUGCGCGAGCCGGCCGACAUGCUGGGGGAAAAGGGGUUUCGCCUCGCCUACGAAAACUGGUGCUGGGCCACGUAUGCCGCGGGAUGGAAAGAUGUGUGGGAGAUAUCCCAGAGAGCUGGCCGCCCGAAUAUCGGCAUUUGCCUGGAUACCUUUCAAUCUGCGGGCGGAGAGUACGGAGACAUGCCGUCCCCAGCGACAAGAUAUAUCUGCUACAGUUCUCAGAUGCGUAUAAGAUGGAGCCACCACUUCGCGAAACGUCAGCGCGGUCGAGGUCGGUAUGGAGUCGUAGUUUUCGGCCGCUGCCCUCAUGUCGGUGGAGGACUACACCAAGGCUGCGAUGCAGUCGUUGACUCGGCUGCUGGCUUCCACUAUCAAGCGAGUGAACCUGGUAAAUAG